GAGAAGCAGAUGACACUGGUGCCACCUAGAGUGACACCUUUCAUCCUUUCAUCUUCCGACGUGAGAUUUCCCUCUCUCUCACACUACGUCGUCCUUCUGCCUUCUGUCGUUUCUGUGAUGUGUUCGAACUUCAUGGAUUGAAAAGCGGCAUCCAACUUGUUGUUAGCACCUUAGCUGCCUUACCACUUUAUGCCUAUUUGUGCUCGUGUCCCAUUCGCUUGCAACGCAUCAGCAAUCUAAACCACUUCCCCUUGCAUCAAGGUCGUGCCUAUGUCCUGGCGUCUGCCAAAACGGUACUUCUCAAGAUUUUUAUGAACAAUCCAAAGGCUACAUCCCGACAUUAGGUACGAGUGCGCAAGUAUGUACCAAAAAAGGUGACAUGUCUCCUGACUAUGCUAGAGCGUGUUGCAGACUGUUUCUCAGCAACGGGAGGUCAGGGUAUUUCUUGGGCUUACAACACGAACGGACAGCACAGAUACAGCAUUCAGCUUCAGCUGACCCUACUGAGGCUGCCCCCAAAAUCUUUCCGAAGAAAGAUACAAGAUGCUGAUGGUACAAGGCUGAAUAAAUGGAUUCCACCAUGCAAGUUGGAGACAUCAGCAAUUUCUUUGGCACCCCACAGCGCCACGGGGGAGCUUUCCAGGUCUGCAGCACUCCGCUUGAUGGGCACUGCAUAGAAUGUUUUGAUGAGUCUGAUGAGGACAACGAGUCAUUCCUGAAGACGAUUGAUGAUUUUCUCAACAGCACCGCACUCACAAUCUCAUCAGACAAUUCAGGGACAGCGUACGAUGAUACAACAUUGAAAAUAGGGCUCGCCAAGGCUGAGGAUGAAAUUGUCCUUCCUACAGCCUCCAACGUUCCUACACAGACACGAAGAGCACGCAGACUGUCCUUUGUGAGAGAAUGUUCUGAGAGCACCGGUCACAAUGCUGUCGAAGAGAACACUGAGGCGGGGCACGCGGACGAAGAUGACAACAUUGUGCCUGCUGGAAGUAUUGCAGGGAGUUGCAGCAAGGGUACACAACAACUUGGUUUAACCGUUCAUAGGGACAUUGAGGUAGGAAAUGCACAAAGGUGUGCUGUGCCUCUGCGACCUGCUGCGGCCACUGAAUAUGGCAAUAGCAUAAGCACUGUAAGAGAAAAUGAGUUACCUCAUAUCAACACAGAAGCAUUUGUGCCUACUGUGACCACAGGACCUGACCACAGAGUUUCCUUUGCUGAUUCUGCUAGUAUCAUCGUCCGACACAGCCAGACACCCUGUCCAACAACCUCGACUACACAGCUGACAAACACCACGGUUGUUGAGAACUGUGUUUUACCUGAGGUUGUGUGUGUUCAGAGCAUUGCUGAUGACCAUACCUUCAUGGUGGUGGAUGAGGUUGACUGUACCGAUGAUAGUGAAAGUGCUCAGCCUAAUGCGGGGGAGAAUUUGACCAGAGUGGGUCAUCACAAUUGCAGUGCUGACAGGCAUGCAGACACAGAGGUCGACAACGUUACAUGCAAUGGGAUUGAAUCAAUCCAGUCUUCUGACACUUCUACCGUGCUGUGUGCUCACGGUGCUGGUGCUGCAGCCACAGGUGAUACUAUGCAGGCACAGGAUACUGGGCUGUGCAUCAGGCUUCCUAUAGCAGUGGUGAGCCCCGUCCGUCAGCUCAACAGUUUGCGCUCGUUGCCGACGAGUUUGGAACCCAUUGUAUUGGAGGGAGAGCAGAGUGACAACGUUGCGAGAGAUGUCUCCGUUGUGGAGGUCAAACAUGCUCAAAGAACGAAAACUUCCUGUACGGUAGGUGAGGCGAACACAGCUGCGGCAGCUGUUGGCAGUGCUGAGGAUGCUGUACAUGACUGUUCACUUAUAAAAGAUUGUAAUACCUUCAGAGCUCCAACUCCAGACGAGCACCGUGUAUCACAUGAUGUGGGCAAUGCAGCUAUUCCGGAUUCUGUGUCUGGCGACCUAACUAGGCCGUGUGAGCCACUGGAAGAUAAGGGUGUUGCAUCGGAAGUGACCACCAGUGACGGGCCCAACCUGAUCCCUCCUAUUGCUCUGGCAACUCCUGCAGUAGUGUCUAAACAUUGUGAGGAAUCUUUUGGUGAAUUGAACAUGGGGGGCAGCAGUGUCGACCGGGCAGCAGGCAACAGCGUCGUUUCCAGAAUGCCAACUACGGAAAGGAAAGAGCCCCACACAGUAAUAAAACCAGCAGUAGCCAGUGCUGCACCAGCUAAACAGAAACCGGAUGGGACAGAUCUGACAUGCAGCAACAGCGUGUCCACUGCGGGUGGGUCAUCACACAACUUAGUUAAAGGCGAGAGUUUUCUACCUGAAAAUAACAGGGAUUGUACCUCCAACAUCCACAUUGACUGGGCGUACGACAACGGCGUAGCAGGAAGUAUCCCGCCACCAGGCAAGGGCAGGCGAUACGUCACUUUUGGGAAGCCCGGUGAAGAAAGAUAUGCCAACAAUUUAUCGGAGGAGUGUUCUGUGGGCGUUUCUGCACCUUGUGUUAAGCCACGGUCAACCAAGUCAGUUGUAAACAUUCUAACCAAAGAGGAUAAGGGUGAGGACAUGAAAGUGAAUACGUCAACCGGUGUGGGCGCUGAAUUGCCAAAUAAAAAUGCGAUAUCAAAUGUUUUACGAGCUAGUCAAGGAAAGCCAAGCACGGAAGCCAUUCAAUCUGCCUUGGAAGAGGAGACUAGGGAUGUUGGUGGCGCUUGGCCACAAGAUAGAAGGACUGAAAAACCCAGUUUCAAAGUCAUGCAUUCAAGCACCGAGAGUAUAUUACAAAAAUCUGAUGCAGUGUUGAAAGUCGGACAUCGUGAACCUGUGGGAAAGGAAAAGCAAAGCACUGGAAGUAAAAUCCCCUUGCGCCAUAAACCUACUCAGAAGGACUCUACAUCGCAUUGGUUGUUCCAUUCCAAAGAGCAGGAAAGAACGACGCGAAAGGUAAAAGUGGAGAAAGGACGAAGUCAAGCAAAGAACAACAGCGAAAAACCACCAAAGACCCAAGACGGAGAAGGUGACAUAUUACUUGUCACCUUAGAAUCGGAUGAUGUUCGUGUUGUUGAAGGUGAUGCUGUUGAUGAUGUGAGCACUGUUAAACCACCCGAAUAUCAUUUGAGACAAAUGCAGGAAUGCCAGAAAGAGCCGGAACUGAAAGCUGAGCCAGAAUGUUUAUGUGAAACUCUGGUGGAGCAGGCAGUAAAAUCUACGGAUCUUCGACACAAGAUUAACUCAAUGAGAAAUACUGUGACAAGCGACAGCCAGAGCGGGGAGGUGACUGCCACGAGGGAUAAACUGCCACUCGACACCAAUCAGAAUGCUGCCAGUAAGAGAGACACCCCAGUGAAAACAGAGUGCUUAUUAACCGAUACCCUCCAGGAAAUUGAAGGGCUCAUACCUGUGAAAGUUGAAUCCGCAGAACCUCCUUCACAGCCCUCAGAAAGAGCAGCAGAAAUACUGCAGUCUGUUCCUCCACGUCCUCCAUUCUUCAGCGAUGACCCGGAGGAGAACUACGACAACGCCAACCCUGGCUGGGAAAAUUUUCGGCAGCUGUCAACAGACGAAGAACGUUACGAAGCAGUGCGGAAUGUUUGGCACAACGCCAGAAUUCCCGACCCACAUCGAAACCUCAGCCAGUACAAACACAAGCAACGCAAGUUGCAGCAUCAGCCUACAAAGGGCCGUACACGCAGGCAGAAGCGAAAGGCACCCAGUAGCAGCGUUGAAAACCCAGCUGCUAAGCGGAAGCGUUUGGACACAGAUAUAUUUGACCUCAAGCUGAAGGAAUUGGAACGGAAGACAAACAAGGACUACAAUGCGGCGCAGCACUGGCUUGAACUCAACAUACAGCGUGUCCGUGAACAGGUGAACAGUCAACUGAUGUUCCUUAAUUACGGAGGACAUAACCGAACAACUUCAGCACCCUGGGACAUGAGGUACUGGCAGCAGCAUCAGGAAGAGUUGCUGCAUUACAAAUACAUGACGGACACCCAGAAUAUUCGCAACAACUACUCGGCUAGGGCCAGCAAGUUGCUGGACGCUCGACACGAGGUUCGCCAUUUCAACAAAUUCUAUGUGGGGCUGUGUGGGACAGAUCCGACUAUGCUAAGUGAGCUCCAGAUGAAGGAACAGUUAAAGAUAGAGAAACUGCUUGGACAUUUCAAGAUGUAUUACUUAGAUGCCAAAGAGUGAGUGUCUGUUUGUUUGGGGAAGUGGAAGUUGUGCAAUAUAUAUAUAUUUUUUUUUGUUUUUUUAUUCUACAUAUUCAAGGAAAGAAGUGUGCAAUAAACUGUUUGGCUACA